CCAAUUGGCCAACACUACUCAUCUGUUAAUCCUGGACUGGGUUACAGGUGCAUGGCAUCAGCAACAUAUUCUUUCUUUUACAUUGGUAUCAUGGCAUGGAAUAGUUUGCCUACUACUACAAAACUCCUAUCAUCACGAAGGAUUUUUAAACGCAGGGUUCUCUUUAAAGCUCACACAGGUUUAUAGACGGCACAGUUCAACAGUAAGCUGCCAGUGCAAGAAUGAAGAUCUCUGUGAGUUUUAUGCUGUUGCUGCUGCUCGGCUCUGUCCCUGCAAGUGAAAGUGUUGAAUGCCAUCUGGCUUCUGCUCCAGACAUCUACGCUGCGCUGAGAGAGACGACCGCCUCGUUGGUUCAACUGAAAGUGGACAUGGCUGCAGGUAUAGCACAGCUGAAGACUGAAGUGGACAAGCUGAAGAAACAACUGCAAGUCCGACAGAUUGCAUUCUCAGCUUCUCUGGUGGUUGAAGGCACCUCACGUACCGGACCCUUACCCACGGAGACUACCCUGAUCUACAAAUACGUCCCCACCAACAUCGGAAAUGCCUACAACUCAAACACAGGUGUGUUCACUGCCCAGGUGAGAGGAGCGUACCACUUUGAGUGGCAUUUUGCUGGAGACAACAGCGGCGGUUCAGCGGGUUGGUUGGUCAAGAACUCACAGAAAGUUUUCGCCGUAUACGAGCAACAGGCGAGCGGUUGGGUGGGUGUUUCUAAUGGUGUCACACUGCUGCUGGAGGUGGGAGAUGUUGUGUUUGUGCGUCUGGUGGCUUCCAGUUUGGUGUUUGACAACUUCAAUCACCACACCACCUUCAGUGGCCAUCUUCUGUUCCCCAUGUAGGACAGAAACAGCAGCUCUGUGAUAGUCACGCAGGUUGUUGUUGUCUUAAACAAGUCUUCAUAGCACUUCAGAGAUUUAAACAGAUUUCAUCUGCAUCCAAAUAAUAAUAAGUAAUAAUUGUUAACAGGGAUCUUUUUUCCUUCAAAUUUUAA